CCACAAAACAGACCCAAUCCGAACACAAUGGGGUCCUCCCCCGCGGCCGCUCUCCCGCAUGGCGUCGGCGUCGUCGCCGCUGACCGACGCCGCCGCUGCUGAUCCCGACCCUCCCACCCUCGCCAGGCCCUCCCCAUCCUGCACCACCUGCUCGACCGCCGCGACACACCGCGGGGGAGGAGCCGCAGAGGGCGACGCCCGCGAUGGACGGGGCUCCGCCGCCCAAGCCCGAGGCCAAGCUGGCUGCCGGCGAGGCCGGGUACGUCCUCGACGACGUGCCGCACGUCUCCGACUACCUCCCCGAUCUCCCGACCUACCCAAAUCCGCUGCAAGAUAACACGGCCUACUCUGUUGUCAAGCAAUACUUCGUUAAUCCGGAUGACACUGUCUGUCAGAAGAUUGUUGUCCACAAGGAUGGCCCAAGAGGAAACCACUUCCGCCGUGCUGGACCUCGCCAAAGGGUCUAUUUUGAACCUGACGAGGUCCAUGCAUGCAUCGUCACCUGUGGAGGACUCUGCCCUGGGCUUAAUACUGUAAUUAGGGAAAUCGUAUGCGGCUUAUCUGACAUGUACGGUGUCACCAAGAUACUUGGGAUUCAGGGUGGGUAUAGAGGUUUCUAUGCUCGCAACACCAUCGACUUGACUCCAAAGAGUGUAAAUGACAUUCACAAAAGGGGUGGAACUAUUCUUGGCUCAUCACGAGGAGGCCAUGACACCAUGAAGAUUGUUGAUAGCAUUCAGUACCGUGGUAUAAAUCAGGUGUAUGUUAUUGGUGGUGAUGGUAGUCAAAGGGGCGCAGGAGUGAUUUUUGAAGAGGUUAGAAAGCGUGGUCUCAAAGUUGCUGUUGCUGGCAUUCCUAAGACCAUUGAUAAUGACAUCCCGGUAAUUGAUAAGUCAUUUGGUUUCGACAGUGCAGUUGAGGAAGCUCAACGUGCCAUAAAUGCCGCUCAUGUAGAAGCUGGAAGUGCUGAGAAUGGAAUAGGACUUGUAAAGCUAAUGGGUCGAUACAGUGGUUUCAUCGCACAUUAUGCCACCCUAGCAAGCAGAGAUGUGGAUUGUUGCUUGAUUCCAGAGUCACCUUUCUAUCUGGAUGGUGAAGGUGGACUCUUCAAAUAUAUAGAAAAGCGGCUGAAGGAGAAUGGCCAUAUGGUCAUUGUCGUUGCGGAGGGUGCAGGGCAGAAACUUAUUGUCGAAAACAUGAAGGAAAUGGGGCAAGAUGCUUCUGGCAACGCACUGCUUCUUGAUGUUGGUCUUUGGUUGUCGCAGAAGAUAAAUGAGCAUUUCAAGAAAAACAAGACAACCAUAAAUCUGAAGUACAUAGAUCCUACAUACAUGAUACGCGCCAUUCCUAGCAAUGCAUCUGAUAAUGUGUAUUGCACAUUGCUGGCUCACAGCGUGGUCCAUGGAGCCAUGGCUGGAUACACUGGUUUUACCGUUGGCCAAGUAAAUGGCCGGCAUUGCUAUAUUCCCUUCUACAGGAUCACAGAGAAGCAGAACAAGGUCUCGAUAACGGACAGGAUGUGGGCAAGGCUUCUCUCCUCCACCAACCAGCCGAGCUUCCUCAGCAAGCAAGACGUCGACGAUGCCAAGGUCGAGGACGAGAGGACGGCCAAGCUCUUGGACGGCUCGCCUUCCAACCCCAAGGUCGAAGAUAAAGUUGCGACUUCCAACUCCAACGGUGCGAAGUGAGGCUGGUGCGCACCGAUCAGUACCCGCCAGCUGUAUUUGUUGGUUGUUCCAAUUGCCAAGUCACGCUUUAGUUAGUUCAUCUUCCAGUCGAGAUUCCAGUGUGGUAAAUAAAUAUGCACAGUUGGCUGGUUUGUUUGUGUCGCACAUGGUUCAGUUUCUCUAUUUCGACCUGUUACUGUUACUGGUAGGGCCUGGUUGAUCUUUUCACAGGUUGAAAUUUCCACCAGGCAAAUUUUAUGUUAACUUCAGAUUUCUUUGUGGUA